AUGGAUAUCUUAAACACAAAAUUCACUUUUCAAGACGAAACACACGAUGAUCAAAAAGCGCCUAUCAAGAUAGCAUUCCUCGGCACACGCCACCCACACGUGAAGUACCGCUUCGCCGUGCUGGACAAAAUGGGUGGCUUUGAGUUUUGUGGCUUCCAUGAAGAAGUGGAAGAGAUCGCGAGUGAAUUGGCAAAACGCCUGCCACGUCUACCACGCUUCAACACUGCAGAGGAAUUGUUGAAUACAAAUCCGGAUGUAGUUAUGAUCCACUCCUUGGACCCCGAUGUGCCACGAUGGGCUCGUUUUGCUAUUGACCAUCCGGCUCCCUUCAAGGGUCUAUUCUUGGAGAAGCCUGGCGCGGCAGACCCGGCCGAUUUUUAUAAUUUGGCCGAGGAGAUUGAGGCAAAAAGACCCGGUCUUGCUGUCGAGUUGGGCUAUGAAAUCCAUUAUUCUGAAGCACUGGAGUUUGCUAGAAAGGUCAUUCGGGAGAACGUUCUAGGCGAUAUCACGACUGCACGGUUCCACGGCGGUUGCCCAUCUGGCGCCGGAAUGGAUUUGUGGCAAUCUAUCCCCGAGGAUCUAGGAGGUAUUAUGCAGACAGAGGGCUGUCACACGUUGGAGAACGUAAUCGAUCUUUUUGGUGCUCCUGAGAGGGUGGUUUCGUCUAUUCGAAAACUGCCAGAGCGACCACCGCAUCCCGUCGUUGGCUGGAUUCCCGACUUAUUCACGGGCACUGUCACGACAGGUGAAUUCGGUGUUGGUACUUUGCUUUAUGAAGAUGUUUGCUCCGGUAUUAUGGAAUACCCCGAUAAAACUAUCGUGCUUGACAUGACAGCCUGGGAGCCCACGGAAUGGUGCAAUGAAUGGGCCAUCGAUAUCUAUGGAACGAAUGGGUCGCUACAUGUCAUUCCAGAUUUCCCAGUUGGGACAUUAUACCUUCGUGAAGCUCGGGGCAGUUUUGCGGCUGGUGAGACGAAAUUGUCGACCGAGCUGCCCCAUGGUACAUCUAAUGUUCCUUCAUGCUAUCGCAAGCAAUUCAGAUCGUUGUUCAAUCGUGUACGAGGAACCGCGUCUGCAGAUGGAUGUUGCGAUCUACAGACAAAUGUCAAGAUUUUGAAAGUUAUUGAUGCAUUCUACAAAUCAGCCAACUUGAAGCAAUGGAUAGAUGUAUAG